UGUCUCUUCCGACCCUCUCUGCAUCCCACGCGCAUCGUGAUUCUUUGCUUCGAUUCGGUAAAGAUCGUUAACGCGCGGCCAGGCCAGUACUGGGAAAUUUCACGAAGGAGAGAAGAAGAAGCCCCUGAUUCCUCCGGUCUUCCUGCAAAUUCUUCUCUUCAGCACGUCGCCGGGUCUUCGGCGGCGCGGUCGGCUAUCUGUGGAUGCAGUUCCCGCGGCUUUCGGGAUAACGAAUUCGAUUGAAUUAUAGGAAAGCCGUUCUUUCUCUAUGGAAACGGGGGACGCAGUCGAGCCCCCAUCAGCAUCCUCCAACUUGGAUAGUGGGAACGAGGGCAAUGGGCCCCUUAGUAAUGACCGCGAGCCUGGCGAAGUCGGUACCCCCCAAUUCGAUCCAGAGGAUGAAGAGGGGCAAAAGGACGAGGACCAGGGGCAGGGCGACUGUAAUGUUGGACAUGAAGAGGGAGCUUUUGUCAUAGACAUGGAACUUGAUGAGGAAUUAGUUGGCAGUUCAUCUGUGGCCGGAGUGAAUGUGGAAGUGACUGAAACUGAUUCUAUUCAAGUUGUGGAGAAAAAUGACCGCUUGAGCACUGGGCUGCAAACUAAAAAUGGUUGUGCCGCUCUUGAAGAGAACAAUGCUCUUAGCAGUCAUGUGAUGUGUAGCAAUUCAACAUCCAGUCGCAAAAGAGCGCGUGUAACAUAUGAUGAAGAGCAACCAUCCGUUCAUGUUUCGUAUAAUUCAUUGACAAGAGCAAGUAAACAAAAGCUUGAAGAACUGUUGCAGCAAUGGUCUGAGUGGCACACUAAGCAUGGUUCUUCCCGAGAUACAGGUGAAGAUUUAGAGUCUGGUGAAGAAACAUUCUUUCCAGCGCUGCGAGUUGGCGUGGAGAAGCAGUCAGCAGUAUCAUUUUGGAUUGACCAUCAAACAAGAAACGUGCAGAAUGAUGGGGUUAUUACUCUAGACAGUAACACCGUACCUCUUUAUGAUCGUGGUUAUGCACUGGGCUUGACUUUGGCUGAUGGAUCAAAUAAUGUAGAUGGAGGUCUGGAGAUAAUCGGGGAUGCUGCUCGCUGUUUCAACUGUGGUUCUUACAGCCAUUCCUUGAGGGAAUGUCCAAAGCCUCGAGAUAAUGUUGCUGUCAAUAAUGCUCGAAUGCAACACAAGUCCAAACGAAGUCAGAAUGCUAGUUCUCGUAAUUCUACUAGAUAUUAUGAGGACCCUCCUACAGGGAAAUUUGAUGGACUGCAACCAGGCACUCUUGAGGCUGAGACACGGCAGCUAUUGGGUCUUGGGGAGCUCGAUCCACCCCCUUGGCUUAACAGGAUGCGGGAACUUGGUUACCCUCCAGGAUACUUUGAUAUUGAUGAUGCAGAUGACAUGUCCGGGAUUACCAUAUUUGCGGAUACGGAGGUCAAGGAAGAGGGUGAAGAUGGGGAAAUUAAGGAAGCAGAGCGAGAAUUAAAGAAGAAAAUGACAGUCAAAUUUCCUGGAAUAAAUGCACCUAUUCCAAAAAAUGCUGAUGAAAGACGUUGGGCAGCUGGACCCUUGAGGUUGGAAUCAUCUAGGUACCACCGAUCUUAUCAGAGAUCAAACCAUUCCACCACGCCCGUUGAAAGGGCACAUUAUCAGGAGCAUGGAUGGUCUGGGCAUGUGAGAGAUGACUUUCCUCCUGGUUUUGAACCGGGAUACAAUACUUCCAUAUCUAGGCACCCCUCAGCAUCGGAUCGUUAUGAUUCUAGUUUGUCUUCUCGCAGUCCAAGAAGUAGUGUUCAGUUGCCAGGGAGUCCUCCAAUUGGAUGGUCCUCAUAUGAGAGAGGUGGAAGGAGCCCAUACGGAGAUUUUGCCAAUCGAGGUCCCCAUAAUUCACCCCCCGAUUAUGGCUCGUCUAGAUAUGAAUAUUCUCGGGACAAUAACCGUGAUUAUUAUGAUUUGGAUCAUCCGUAUGAGGACAGGCAUACUGGCCAUCGCCACUAUGGUCGGAGAUGAAUGGCGACGACUUGGAUUUGGAUUUUGCUAGAGAAGAUAAUCUGGUGACAGAUUAACAUGUGACAUCGCCAUUGCUGACUUGACAGAUGGAUAUGAUAACUAGUUUAAUAUGUACUAAGAUGGUCCUAAUACUGCACAACUGCUUUUCGUUUCUUUCUUUUCUUUGCUUUUUCAUUUCAUUUUUCGUCAUUGGGGUCUAGAGGACUCCAAACAAAUCAAAUCUCUUCAGGUACUUAUCUGAUUAUUGUAGCUUGCAGUUUGCUGCUGGAAACAUUUACAAGAAUGCAAUUAGAGAAACUUUUUAGUUGCA